CAGACACAGCCUAAGAGGAAGAGAACUAGUUAGGUAGGCGGUGCCUCUUUGCUCCGAUGUCCUGCAUCCUUCCUCACACUUUCAAUUUCGUUUCUCCCUCGGGCGAGAGAUAGGGCUAGGAAGAGGGGGAAAAGCAGCGCUGCUGUGAGGAAGGGGCGGUGGUCGUCUUGCAAAGGCGGGAAUCAGGAGUGGGAGGUGGUCUUUUGGCGAAGCGGCGUCAGGAGGGCCAUAGCGGCAGCGGCGGCGCUGGACCGGGAAGCCCCAAACCAGGAAGAUGGACUGCUUCACCUCUCAGCGCCUGGCCAGACAGGCCCUCAAGGAACUGUGCGCGUCUGGCGGCUGCCUGGAAAAGGGCGAGCUCUGUCGGCGGGUGGCGUUUGGGCUCAAUCCAGACUUUAUGGAGGUGGUAUUCAAGGACGCGCAGAAAUUCACGCUGGUGACCCGAGAAGAGACCCCAUCGGCGGCUGAGAGCGAAAACCCCCUCCUCGUUGUGGCCACCACCAAGGCGCGGCUGUGCCCGGACCACGGCAACGGGACGUGCGAGGGGCGGUGCCGGCAGCUCCAUCUCUGCCGGUACUUCGUCUGCGGGGGGUGUCGCCAUGAGGGCACCAGGAGACAAUGCAAGUUCAUCCAUGACUUUCAUUCACCCCAUAACCUUCCUAUCCUAAAAGAGCAUGGGCUGGAAAGCUUAAAGAAUGAUGAGUUGUGUCAGCUGCUGCUUCAGAAUGAUUCUUCACUCUUGCCUGAGGUAUGUCCAUACUAUAAUAAAGGGGAUGGACCCUACGGAUCUUGUAACUUUAAGAAGAUAUGUGUCAAACUUCACAUAUGCCAGUACUCCCUCCAAGGAGAAUGCAGGUUUGGGAGCAACUGCAAACGCUCACAUGACAUUUUUAACUCCGAGUGUUAUGAGAAGCUGGAAAAGCGGGGGAUGAGCAAAGCCCUGAUUAGUAAAAUUUCCUUGACCUACAGGAACGCAUAUGCCAUCAAAAAUAACACAUCAUCACCUUGCAAAGAAAGAAGAGAGAGCAGUGGUCAGGUGCCAUUAACCACAAACAGCAGAGAAGAAUCAGAUACGAUAUGCUUAUACCACAUUAGGAAAAGUUGCAGCUUUCAAGAAAAAUGUAUUCGAGUUCAUUUCCAGUUCCCAUAUAGAUGGCAAAUCUUUGAUGGUACCCAUUGGAAAGAUCUGACCAAUAUGGAAAAAAUUGAACAGGCCUACUGUGACCCAUUUAAUGACAGAUUUUCCUUCAGCAGGGCUGGAAAAAGCUCCAACCAUCCAGACAUCAUAUUCUCCAAUAUGGCUUGUGGCCCUGCCAAAAUUAGACGCCUCUCCACAGCCUCUUCUGUAACCAAGCCCCCUCACUAUAUUCUUACAACUGAUUGGAUAUGGUAUUGGAAAGAUGAAUACGGGGUGUGGAAUGAAUAUGGAAAACAAGAUGCUGAUCACGCCGCUGCUACACUGUCCAGCCUUGACUUGGAGAAAGCUUAUCAGUCCGAAGCAUCGCCAACACUCACGUUCUCAGCUGGGAAACACAAAUAUGAGAUUGACUUCAAAGCCAUGAAACAGAAAAACCUACAUUACCUGACAGUACGAAGUGUUCAUAGACGACCUCGGUUUGUGUCUUUAAAGGAAGUAGAGAAGAAGAAAACCAGAGGUCUGCAACCGGAGGUCCUUAGGAAAAAUCUGGUCCUGCAAGGAAUUCUGGAAGCAAAAGAUGUGGGGAGUGGGGCUGAGCAGUCAAAGGGAGGCACAACGCACAUUCCAACUCACUGGGACCAGUCAGCCUUACCGGACCAGGGAUAUAAGCUGAUCACUCUUUCCCCAUCUUCCAAUGAGUACAGAAAAGUCCAGGUUAAUUUUCAGCGUACGAUGCCAAAAUCAACAAUCGUGUAUAUCAAAAGAAUCCAGAAUCUGGCUCUGUGGGAAGUAUAUAAGUGGCAGAAGGAGCAAAUGAAGAAGGCAAAUGGGGGAAAGGAUGUGGAUGAAAGACUGUUAUUUCAUGGGACAAGCAAAGACUACAUAGAUGCUAUCUGCGUGCAGAACUUUGACUGGAGGAUCUGUGGCAUUCAUGGUACAGCCUAUGGCAAAGGAAGUUAUUUUGCAAGGGAUGCUUCAUAUUCUGAUAACUACAGCAAAAGUAAUUCUUCUCUCAAGACCAUGUUUCUGGCCAGAGUGUUGGUUGGGGAGUUUACCAGUGGUGUGUCUUCCUAUCUCCGUCCUCCUGCCAAAGACAGCCAAAACACUUUUUUCUAUGACAGUUGUGUGAAUAGCCCCCUGAAUCCAUCCAUUUUUGUCAUUUUUGAGAAACAUCAGGUUUAUCCUGAAUACUUGAUAGAAUACACCAAUUAGAAGAAACUUGCCUAUGAACCACCUAUCAUUGCUUAUCUCUCUGCCAUGUGGGCUGCUUUGCAGAAGAUUCAAUGAAAAGUCAUUUUAUAUUAGGGCUAUGCUAUUUCAGUGAUUGACUGAUUUUUUUAAAAAAGGUGCUCCUAUAAAUUUGGCCACCAUUUUUUAAACUUCUUUUUAAUGUAAAUACUCAAAUCUGGGAGCGGUAAGCACCUUAUUAGAAGAGGCCUCCCUCCUCUCCCACAGGAGGGAAUGACUUUUCUGAGAUGGUACCUAAGGAGUAUAUUUGUGUCUCAAAGGAAUUAUUUUUUCUUCAGUGCUGUAAGAUUUGAUUGAUUAAUCAUACAAGCUUAAUUGACUUAAGAUUUUGUUACUUGAGUAACAGCCCUUAUAUAUAGCCUAGCCAAAAGGUUGAGAGCACUCCUUUUGAUAAUCUCCAGCAUUCUUUUCUAAAUGUCUCUGCUUUAGUGCCGCAGAUGAACCAGUCACUUCCAUGGCUGUGCAGUGACUUGAUAGGUUGUUCAGAGAUUGCUCCCACUUCCUAAAACCUCAAGUGCAAUAUACACUGGGGCAUGGGGUGACAAUUCCAACCUGCUUCCCCCUGCAUGACACACCUGGAAGUUUCACACGAGCAGUGCAUCUGUGACGGUAAUUUACUUUAAUUCCCAACACUGGAAUACUUAGUAUGACUGGAUCAGUAGUAACUUUUAGGACUCUAGGGAGCAAUAGUUAUUGCCUCUCAGCAGGCCAAAUGCUCCAGGUGAUACUUCUAGAACUUUUCUGCCCUUUUGUUUUACUUUGGCAGCUUAGAUGCCGUCGUUCUCUCAAAUAAUGAAAUGUACUCAUGGGGUUUUUCCUUUCUUGAUACUGUGGUCUCCUGGUUUGUAUACAUGGCAGUCUUGUCAUGAACAGUCUGCGUUUUAAAGUUUUGAAUUUUGGAAAUAUAAUCAAUGUUGGAAGUGUUUUAAAACUCUCAUCACCUAUGUACAUUGACAAAGGUGGGUUUAAUCUGGCUAUUUUGUGUCUUAAUGGAUAGUGCCAUGCAGCUAUAGCUUGGUAAUGGAUAUAUAGACAGCUCAAUGCAUGACUUAACUAAAGGCCUAUCUGGUCAAAUAACUUGUGAUCACUAGGAUUGGCUUUUUAAUUGGCUUGAUUUUAAAGCAGCAAACUUGUUUGGUUGGUCCUGUAUUGAAUUCCUCAGGACUUUUGUGAAACUGUGUAGCCAAAGCCCUUUAUAGCUAUAGCUAUAAAACCUUUCAGUAUUGUCUGGUCUCAUCUGCUUGAUCCUUUUCUUGCAAUGUAUCUGGCUUCUUUUUAAGAAUUAAAAGAUUGAUGUU